GAAACAUGGAUCAAAUGGAAAUUACCUAUUUCUCCGUGUCCUAGUAAUGCUAUAAACACAGACAGGAUAGCAGAGUCAACUUCUCACAACUGAACAAGCCUCUUUCUCAGUUGUUUUAUUAUUGUGAUAAAAUUAGUCAACUCUUUCUGUUUUGUUGUGGAGGAGGAAACUAGAAAUGGACAAGGCCAAACUUGGAAAGAGAUUUGAAGGUAAGGUAGCCAUAGUGACAGCUUCCACCCAGGGAAUUGGCUUUAGCAUCGCCGAGAGGCUAGGUUUGGAGGGUGCAUCAGUUGUCAUCUCUUCUCGCAAACAGCAAAAUGUCGAUGAGGCUGCAGAGAAGCUGAGGGCUAAAGGAAUUGAAGUAUUGGCGGUUGUUUGUCACGUUUCAAAUGCACAGCAGAGGAAGAAUUUGAUAGGAAAAACUAUACAGAAGUAUGGAAAGAUAGAUGUUGUUGUGUCCAAUGCUGCUGUAAAUCCUUCUUUGGAUCCCAUUCUGAAGAUACAAAAUUCAAUCCUUGACAAGCUGUGGGAGAUAAAUGUCAAAUCCACUAUACUUCUACUCAAGGAUGUAGCUCCCUACUUGCAGAAAGGUUCUUCUGUUGUUCUCAUUUCCUCUCUUGUUGGUUAUAACCCACCACCUACUAUGGCUAUGUAUGGAGUGACCAAAACAGCCGUUCUAGGACUAACCAAAGCACUGGCUAGUGAAAUGGCACCCAAUACUCGUGUAAAUUGUGUUGUUCCUGGUCUUGUGCCAACUCAUUUUACUGCAUUCCUUACCAAUAAUGAUGCUGCAAGGGAGAAGGUUGAAGGGAAUAAGUUAAUUAGAAGGUGUGGUACAACUGAAGACAUGGCUGCUGCCGCUGCGUUUCUGGCAUCAGAUGAGGCUUCUUAUAUAACAGGAGAAAAUCUAGUGCUUGCUGGGGGAGUGUCUUCAAGGUUGUAGCUUCCAAGUUCAUCUUCUAGGCCCUAGCCCAAAAGUUUAGUUUCAUAAUUCGUUAUUGUUGUUUUGCCAUGUCUGUAUUGUCUUUUUCCUAGUGUAUCAUGCUUUCAUUGCUCACAAACAUCACUGCUCAUUCUACCAGCAUGAUUCAUAAAACACAAGGGGGUAACACAAAAACGAAAGCUAAAACUUACUUUUAGGCAACAUUUAUACAAAUUGUGGUAACAUUUGAUGGUU